UUUAGUAGGCUGCCAGCCAUAGACGGGGAUUGGUGUUGUGCUUUGUAGUACCAGAUAGGAAAUGUGAUCCACUGGCAACGAUAGCUUUCUGCCUUUAAUUCGUGAAAGAGCAGAAGCUUUUGCCAUAAGACAGGAGUACGUUCUAUGUCAGUCGUGAAAAUCUGGGCAUGGUAUGUUACACGAGAAAAUUAUCGAUAUAAGAAAAUGUCGCUGCUGCUGCUGACAACAGUACGUUCAACCAAAAGAAAUUCACUGACAAAUAGGUGAAAAUGGAAGAUGAAGCGGAUAUCAGAGAACAGCUAUUUCAUAAUACAGUACGGGAGAAUAUUAUAUUCUUCCUUCUGUUCUUAGUCCUCUACGUCUCAAGCUACGCGUUAAUCGCGAAAUUUCGACGAAGAGACCGCGAAGAUUAUUUUUCCGUGGAUGAAGAUGAAGCGACGGUCUACAAGAUCAGUCUUUGGUUAUGUACCGUUGCUCUGGCGGUUUCCGUUGGAGCAACCUUGCUGCUUCCGGUUUCAAUUGCAAGCAACGAAGUGCUGAUUUUAUACCCGAACAGCUAUUAUGUCAAGUGGCUCAAUAGUUCACUUAUUCAAGGUCUAUGGAAUCUUGUGUUUCUCUUUUCAAAUUUAUCUCUCUUCGUAUUUUUACCGUUCGCAUACUUGUUCACGGAGUCAGAAGGAUUUGUUGGCUACAAAAAGGGCGUAAUGGCUAGAGUUUAUGAGACUGUGACAGUCCUUUGCUUAUUAGGAACACUUGUGUUAGGAAUGACAUAUGUUCUAUCAGCACUCAUAGAUCAUCAAAAAUCAAGUCUUCAUACGUUGCUCAAUUUAUCGAGUUACUAUUUACCUUUUCUUUAUUCUUGCGUCUCUUUUGUUGGAGUUGUUAUGUUAUUGCUAUGUACACCAAUGGGAUUUGUACGAUUAUUCGGAGUAGUUGGUUCGUUUCUCGUAAAACCGCAGUUCCUAAAGAAUUUAGAUGAAGAAUUCUUCGCGUACAGGCUAGAAGAAGAUUGUAUUCGUAGAAGACUGCAACACGCGAAAGCAACCGGGAAAUCAUACGUUUCGCCAGUGCCUAUGUCAAUACCAACUUGUGGUUUAGUGCUCGAAGAUGACGAGUUUCUUAAUGUAAAUCCGAGCUUGAUGUGCUUAAGGAACGGUGCUCUCCAGCGAGGAUUGGCUCAGCGUUUGGAAGAUAUUCAGAAACGUAGAAGUAUUCUGGAUCAGCAAAGGCGAACCUGGUGGGUUCGAAGGACUUUGUUAUACCCUUUGGCAAUGCUGGCGUUACUUAUACUUUCCACUGCUACAGCUUUACUGGCAGUUCAAAAUACCUUAGAACUGCUUAUUGGUAUUAAAGCACUGCCUUUGAGUACAAGGCAAUUCACUCUGGGGAUCAGCUCGUUGUCGAAACUAGGUCCCAUUGGAGCAACAAUUGAAGUAGCAGUAAUUUUGUAUCUAGCUGCUACGAGCGCAAUAGGUUUAUAUACACUUCCUGGUGUAAAGAGCUUUCGACCACGACUUCAUUCCAUGCCACUUACUCACCUUAUCGCAAAUUGCGGUCUUCUUCUUGUACUGAGUUCAGCGUUGCCACUGUUAUCUCGAAUAUUAGGUAUGACAAACUUUGAUCUGCUCGGCGAUUUCGGUCGUAUCGAAUGGCUUGGUAACUUUGAACUAGUACUGUUUUAUAAUUUAAUCUUCGCUACGGCGGCGAUUGGUUGUCUAGUGACAAAGUUUACGGCGACCGUUCGCAAAGAGAUUUAUGCCAGAUUAAGGAGUAGCUUGAUAGGAAUCUUUAAGAGUGAAGGUAAGAAAAGUUCUUUAGGGAUGUUUUCUACAAAAGAAGAUUAGACUGACUUACGUUGUAAGCAGAAAAAAAGUAAAUAUUCUACGUUAAAAAAAAAGCAAGCGAAAUGGAACUUAACGAUGAAUAAUUAUAUUCACAUAAUGUUAAUCAUAUAAAUGUGUAAAGUGAUUGGACCGUGUGUAUGUGUGCAUAAGUAUAUUUAGAAUUGCGUAAUCGUGGAACACUGUCUUGAUUUUGAUGGCACGUGAUGCUCUGUAGGAUAUGUUUAGAAAAUUUAAUUGGAUGAUAUUAGAGCAGCGGGCCAGUUACACACGUCGAGUAUGUUCGUCACAUGUAUGUGUAUGUGUAUGUGUAUGUGUACGUAUAGUUACUUUAAUUAUUUAUAUGAUCACUAUUUUAAUAAUUAUUUACCAAAAGUACAUAUACAUACCAAUCUUAUACAUAAGUGAGUUUACCUAGAAUGUAAACUCAAUGUAAAGACAACGCAGUAUUGUGAUAAAGACACGCAUGUGCGGGUGUCCGACGAAUAAAAAAAUUCUCAAUAUAGAA